AUGGCGGCAGCUUUAGGACUAUCCAGCAACACAUUCAAUCCCGACAAGGACAUUCCAGAUCUAAGCGGGAAGAUAUACGUGGUGACUGGUGGAUCGGCGGGCAUCGGUUAUGGCAUCGUCGCACAUAUCCUCCAACACAAUCCCGCGAAGAUUUACCUUCUGUCCAACAAAGAAGAACAUGCGGACGACGCAAUGGAAUCGCUUAAGGAGUUUGGUGAUAACAGCAAAGUCGAAUGGCGACAGUGCAACCUUCAAGAUUUCAAGCAGACAGACGAGGUCGCGAGGCAGUUAGCGGACGAGCUCACCAGGCUCGAUGCGCUUGUAUGCAAUGCUGGUCUGGGUGUCGGAGUGUACAAUGAGACAAGGGAUGGUUUGGACAGCCACAUGCAGGUCAACGUCUUCUCACAGGCACACCUUACUCUCACUCUUCUACCCAUCCUUCAGAAGACUACGGACUCGCGAAUCGUCCACCAGUCCUCCGACCUACAUAAAGGUGCGACUAGCAGUAUGAAGUUCGAAUCGGUCGAGGAGGUGAACCAAGACAUCGGUGCCGCGCUAUUGUAUAAUCGCACCAAGUUUGCCCAGAUCUUGUUCCUGCGGGAGCUAUACUCACGCAUCAAGGACGGCCAGUUCGGCCCGGUAACAGGCUCACAAGGAAUGCCGUGGAUAAAUGCUACACAUCCUGGUGGAAUCAAGACAGACCAACAGGACCAAGCAGUCGAAGCCUACGGCACUCUGGGCAAGAUUGGUGUCGCUGCCGUGCGGCCUUUCUUGAAGGAUCCGAUCUCGCAAGGAUGUCGUUCAGCUCUAUUCGCUGCUACUUCCCAUGACAUCGCGACCGAGCAGGUGCAGAAUUCGUACAUCAUUCCAGAUCGAAAGGUCACGGAACCAUCCAAGCAGGCACAGGAUCCGGCCCUGAGUCUGAAUCUGUGGAAGCUUACCAAGCAUGUACUGGAAUUAAAGAUCGGCAAUUUGCCUUACAACAUGUAA